AUGUUCAGAUCUGAUCUGGGUCAUGGCGCGCCGGACAUGCCGCUGGCUUCUUCACCCCUGCAUGACGGACAAUGGCAGUGCGAACAGUGCACGCUUAUCAACGAGGGAGGCGCUGUAGAAUGUGCUGCUUGCGGAGCUCCACGCCCCGCAAACUCUGGAAGCAUGCUACCCCCGGGCGGGAGUUUCGGAGACCUUCCCUCUGGGCUGGACUUGGCCACCGAUUCACCUCAUGGCUUUCUCCCGCCGACUGCGACAAUCAGAUCAACAGAAGAAUCGCCAAUCCUUCCACCCCAUGGGACGCAGAACUUUGGAUCUCGAAACUUGCCGCCGCAAGGCACCCUGAGCCCAAAUGCCAUGGCUGAUCUGAUGCCCACUCCACCCUCGCAGCAAGGCUACCUUGGAGGCACCCCACAAAGCCUUGGCUAUGGCGAUCUUUCGCUGGGAGACGACCGGGACCGGGAGGCGAAGAAGAAAAAGAAGAAGAAGAAGGAUCCAAGCCAGGAUGAAGACCUGAGCAGAACUCGGGAGGCACAAGCUUCUUCGCCUUUGCGCCAGAGGGAACUACUUCAGCUUCCCCAAGAGAAGAGGAGGGAGCGCCCGGAGCGCCAGCGCCCCAAUGAGGAGCAGGACGAUUCGAGCUUUCCAACAUAUGUGCCGGCAGCCACACGAGCUGGCGCUGCCCUGACUGGCAGUCUGGAGGGGAGCAAGCUCCUUUUGAGAAUCCUGCGUGCUUACAACCUUCGGAAUACCGACUUGGGAAUCUUGCCCGAAGACGCCUCGGAUCCCUUUGCGGUGGCGAGGAUUGGGCCAAAGGACUUCAAGACCCAUGUCGUUGAGAACAGUCUCAAUCCCGUAUGGAAUUCGCAACAGUUCGAGUUUACCUUGCAAGACGAACGAGAGCCGAAGCUUCAGCUGGAGGUCUUCAGCUCCAAUCAUUGGCACGCGAAUGAUAGCCUGGGUCGUCUAGACAUUCCUAUACGGAGCUUGACCCCUGGUGAAACACACACAGUUGAGGAAAUGCUGGACGAAGGCGAUGUCGUGCGCGAGGAUCGCAAGCGGCCCCGCAUUCAAGUUGAAGUGCAACUGUUAUGUGCCGAUCAGUUGGCAAAUCCGUCCUCAAGGCAGAAGCAAUUUCAGCACAACUUGGCCUUACAAGAAAGCCGCAAGAAGAAGGAAAACAUGGUGCCAUUGCCUUCCUUCAAAGGCUUUGGGCCGGAAGCUCUGGCGCGACCUGAUCACCAGUACAAAGUGGCAGAGAUUGGCGAGGCGCGCAGGCUGAACGAGUAUGAGUCCUUGGCCUGUCGCCUGGGCCAAUACGACUACUCAGGGCCACCACCUUAUUUCCCGCGACAGCAGAUGAUUGACAAGCGCCAAUGGAAGGAUGAUCCCUUCUUUGGCUGGCGUAGAGAGCUGAACCGUGCUGAGCACAAGGGCCAGUUGGAGGGCCCUAAUUUGGAGCCGGAGGAGGUCGGCGAGGCCUGGAAGGGCGAUCCCUUCCACGCCUGGCGAAGCCAUCAGGGGCCCGGCGGGCGGCCCGGACCCCAAGAGGGCAACAUCGAGCAGCUGCAGGAGGCGCGCGCGGCACGGAACCUCAUGUCGCUGCCCUCCUUCUCGGAGGUGCCCUCCCGCAGAUUCAACGACCACCGCGAGUACAGUGACCACGUUGCCAGGCCACAGCCGCAACUAGCCGCGGGCCGGACAACGAACGAUGCUCCGGAACAGCGCUGGAAGGAUGACGCUUUCUAUGGUUGGCUACCUGGCCGUGGGCCCAUUGAGGAGGAGCAGCACCGUCUGCGUCGGCCUCUGGAGCAGGCUCGAUUGGCUCGUCUACCAUCCUUUGCCGAGAACGCACCCGAGCUUGCCGGGGUCACCGGACGUGGAGUUGGGAUCCUCACGCUUUGGAUCAAUGCAGCUGCUAACCUGGCAUACAGCCACGGAAGCGGCUUGUACGGGACUCCUAGCCCAUGCGUCAAGGUUUCUAUCCAGGAUCAGCGUGCGCGAACCAGCCAUGCGAGGGAGAAGAUGACACCGACCAUUGCCAGGAAUCGCAAUCCGCAGUGGAACACCCCGGCCAUGGUGUUGGAGGUGCAUUCUGUCGCAGAUGUGUUGCAGCUGGAAGUGCUUGACCUUGCCAAUCCCAGAGUGGAUGAGCACAUACACCACUACUUCCUGGGCCGUGCGCAGCUACCCAUUCAGCGCAUCAUCGCAGCAGUGCAUAGAUCAAAGAAUCCCAGUCGGCCGCUGCAGCUUCGCGAGAGCUUGGAAGGCUCGCAAGCGCAGGCUCAAAUCGAUUUCGAGUGCACCUACGAGGCCUAUGACACUGAAGCAUCACCAGCCAGCCAAACCCUGAGCCCGCCAAGAGAUCGAGAUCGAGAUCGCUUUCAUUCUCAGCUAUCGGCAAGCCCGCAGAGCUCGCCCGGCCAAUCCAAGAGACAGUCCUCAGACAUGGGGGGCCUUGGCAUCCUGUCUGUGCGCAUCAUAGCUGCCUACAACUUGGUGAAUGCAGACACCGGCAUCCUGGGCGACGUCUCGGACCCGUACGUGACCGUUAGACUGGAGAGCCAAAGCGAGAAGCAACGAAAGCGGACUCAUACCAUCAACAACGAUCUGAACCCCAAAUGGAAUUCAUCACCCUUCCUGUUCCCCAUCCAGCAUCCAGAAGACCAGCUACUCCUGGAGGUCUACGACGAGGACAUGAUGGGUUCUGAUGACUUCCUGGGCCGGAUGAAGAUCCCCCUCUAUCGCAUCAUCCACGGCCGCGCAAACCAGCCGGUGAGAAUCCGGGACCAGCUGCAGGACAUUGAGACGGGUGAGCUGGAGUUGGAGAUCGGGUUCUCACCUGGGCUGCUAACGUUUCGACUCGCGAAUUCAUUUCGUGAGCAUGGCUGCAUAUGGCGGCUUGGCGCUUGCACGGCAGCCCAAGACAUGCCUCUGCUGGCGCUUGCAGCUGUUCCGGCCCUGGUGGUCGGUGCCAUCAGAUACAUCACAGCACCUCCGCCUUCACGAUCGAGGCUCUUCCGACUCAGUCGCCACGCCUACAAAGUCACGGUGCACGUCGUGGGCAAGCCAGUAUCGGGAGGCUGGGAAGGGGCUGCAGUGGAAGAAUAUGUCCAGCGCCUGCGUGGCAGAGAUCCUGCCAUCGAGGUUGAAACCAUUUUCCACAAAGCAGAUGCUCAGCUUCUUCGGGCGUUGAAGAAGUUGCGUCACCCGAUCCUGGUUUUGGACGAGAGAGGUGCCCUGUUGGACUCCGAGGAGUUUUGUCGUCUUUUGUUUGCGAGGCUUGAGGAGGGCAGCGCCCGCCUCUCUUUCUGCAUCGGAGCUGCCGAUGGCCUGCCACAAGAACUCCGCGCCUUGCCCAAAGCCAGCUGCCAGAAGGAGGGAGUGCCUCGGGAGCUCCUGUCACUGGGGCGGCUGACGUUGCCGCACAGAUUGGCCCGGGUGCUGCUGACCGAGCAGAUCUACCGGGCUCAAGAGAUCAGGCGCACUUGCUCAUCCGUGGGGUGGACCUGCCAAGCCUGCCCGUGGACCAGACAAGCGGAUCCUAAGAUCUCCCUGAGAGCCGAGUCCGAGUCCUGCGAGCUCGUCGCGCCGGGGCCCUCCGCUGGGCCCGGCCGAGAUUGA